AUGGCUGCGCGGCACCGCUUCCCCGCCGCGCGGCACCUCGCGUGCUUCGCGUCGUUCGCGUCGCCCACCCCCUCGCUCACCCCGCUCGUCGUCCCCGCCGACCCCGCCGCCCCCACCGCCGACGACCCCUUUCCGUGCGCCGCGGACGCGUCGCCGGACGCAUCGCCUGAUGCGUCGCCUGGCGCGGAGAGCUCUCUUAACGGAGGCGCGAAUAGCGAGGAAGGCAGCGCGGAUGCGGAGUACGCAGGGGGUCGCGCAGGGCGCGGAAGGGAGGGCGCGCGCAUGUGCGAGGACUACGUGGCGGCGUGCGCAGCCGUCAUGCGCCACAACCACGCCCACGACCACGCUGUGUCCGCCGUUUCCGCCGUCUCCUCUGUCUCCUCCGUGUCCUCCGCCUUGCCUGUCUCGCCUGUCUGUCCCUCGCAGCCAUGGAUCGAACUGGCUGCUGACACCCGCAGUGACGUCACCACGGACAUCAGCGGUGACAUCAGCAGUGACAUCAGCGGUGACGUCAGCGUGGAGAUACGCAGCGGCAUGAGCAUGAGCGGCACGAGGCGGCCGUUCGGGUCGCCCACCAUCAUGGGCGCCGCCUCGUCUGCUGUCACUGUUGCUGCUGCUGCUGUGGACCAUUACGGGGGUGCUGCAGGCGACGAUGCUGCGUGGUGGGGUGGCGGUGGAGGGGGGGAGGGCGGGGGUGAGGGGCGGGUGGUGCAACAGUUCCAUCUGCGCACCAAGGACCUCUCGUACACGGUAAGUGGGGAAAGUGUGAGCGGAGGUAAGGAAGGGCGUGGAGAGGCUGUCAAUGGGCGCACCAUUCUGAACCGAGUGAGUGUGGCGGCCUAUCCCGGGCAGCUGCUCGCGCUGGCCGGGCCCUCGGGCAGUGGAAAAACGUCACUGCUGGACGCCAUUGGCUGCCGCAUCGAUCCGGGCAGCCUGUCGGGGUCCAUCCUGGUGAAUGGCUGCCCCAUGCCGCCCAGCUUCCGCAAGCACUCCGCCUACGUGCUGCAGGACGACGCCCUCUUCGCCCUGCUCUCCGUGCGCGAGACGCUCGACUUCGCCGCCCGUCUGCGCCUGCCGUCCACCGUGACGCCGCCUGCCCGGCAGCAGCGAGUGCAGCAGCUGGUGCAGCUGCUGGGGCUCACCGCGUGUGCUGACACGCCCGUGGGGGACGAGCUGCACCGGGGGGUGUCAGGCGGGGAGAGGAGGCGCACGUCCAUCGGGGUGGAGCUCAUUCACAACCCCGCCGUGCUGCUGCUCGAUGAACCCACCUCAGGGUUGGACAGCUCGUCGGCGCUCAAGGUGGUGCAGCUGCUGCACGACAUGGCCGUUCAGGGCGGGCGAACAGUGGUGUUGACCAUCCACCAGCCGUCUUUCCGCAUAACAGCCCUGCUGCACCGCCUGGCGCUCCUCGUGGGCGGAGAGGUCGCCUUCCACGGCACCACGCCCGCCCUGCGCUGCCACCUCGCUGCCCUGCAUCACCCCGUGCCCCCGCAUGUGAACCUCCUCGAGUUCGCCCUCGACACUCUGCCUCGCAUCGCCGCUGCUGCUGCUCGUGGCAAGGUGAGCAUCGCUGCUGCUCGUGGCAAGGUGAGCAUCGCUGCUGCUCGUGGCAAGCAGUCAGAGGCCCUCACAGACGCUCUCCCUACCGCGCCUUCCCUGGGGGCUAACCUGAAGCACCAGCUUGGGAAGCUGCUAGCUGGGGGAAAGCAGUGCUUGGGGGUUGGGGGCGAGGGGCAGGGCAGUGGGAGCAGUGAGGCAGGCGGGAGUGGGGCAGAGGGCAAUGGAGGGGGAAGGGCGGGGAAGGGGAGGGUGGGGGAGGGGAGGGCGGUGGGCGAGUGGGAGUACGCCACGAGCGCCGUGAGUGAGACGGUGACGCUGACUCACCGCUGCUGCCUCGUGCUGCUACGCAGCCCCGAUUUGCUGCUCUCGCGCCUCCUCGUCAUGGUCUGUUGCUUCCCUUCCUGCCCUUCCCAUUUCACGCCGCCGUCUUGUGCUAAUCAAUACCCAUUUGGCGCUGCCUUCUUGUGCCUGCACUUGCCUUCCUCUCCUUCCCAGCCCUCCUUGCUCACCGCCCCACUGCCAGCACGGCAGGCAGCUCCUGCCUGUCACCCCCCACCUGUGGCGAUGGGGGUGAUCAUGGGGUCGCUCUUCCUGCACGUGGGGUUGGACAUGGCGGGGCUGCAGAGCCGCUUCGCCGUGCUGGGCUUCACCGUCGCCCUCGUCUUCUACAACUCCCUCGACGCCCUGCCGCUCUUCUACCUCGAGCGAACCAUCUUCACGCGAGAGACAUCACGAGGCGCCUACCGCACGGCGCCCUACGUGGUCGCCACCACGCUCACCACGCUGCCGCUCUUCCUCCUCCUCUCGCUCGCCCUCGCCGCGCCGCUCUACUGGAUGGUGGGCCUGGCGCCCUCCGCCUCCGCCUUCACCAUCUUCAUCGCCACACUGUGCCUGGCCUUUGCACUCGCCAACGCGUUUGUGACGCUGCUGUCGGCGCUGCUGCCGUCACACAUGGUGGCGGCCACCGUCGCCAGCAGUGCCUUCUCCUUCUUCCUCCUCUUCAGCGGCUUCUUCUUCUCCAAGUCGGCCAUCCCGCCAUACUGGCUGUGGCUGUACUACGUGAGUCUCAUGCGCUACCCCAUGGAGCUGCUGCUCUGGGCCGAGUUCCACCACGGCCUCGGCCCCACCUGCUUCUCCACCUUCUCCCCCGCCGCCGGCGUCGGCUACACCGCCUCCGGCACCAACCAGACGUGUGGCCUCACUGGUGCAGCGUAUCUGGACGCGCGGGGGUUCACAGGUUUGAGCCCGUGGCGCAACGUGGUGGUGAUUGCGGCAUUCAUUGCUGCUCUGCGACUCGCUUUCUACGCUGCUCUCCGCCGCCACGCCGCCUCCACCAGGAAGUGA